UGAUCAUUUCUCAUCAUCAGUCUCACAUUCAAAGCACUUUGGCCACCUUUGCUCCUUUUCUUCUUUACUCUUUCUUCAAAUCUUUAGUUUCAAGUUUAUUUCUCCAUUUCCAAUGGCCAGUGUUGAGGUUCAAUCUGCACCAGUAGAAGUAGUAGGAACUGCUCCAGUUGAGGUCGAGGUGAAAACUACACCAGAGGCACCCAAGUCUGAGGAAUCCGCCCCAACUCAUGUAGCGGAGGAAACUGUGACAGCACCAGUAUCAGCACCAGUAGAAGAGACUGCUCGAAUUGAAGAGAAAUCAGCCCCUGCUGCUGAGGAUGCGGUAGCUGAAGAAGCAACGACAGAAGCAGAAGCAGAAGCUCCAGUGGCAGAGGAGACAGUGGCUGAAGAAGCUGCAGAAGCAGAAGUAGAAGCACCUGCAGCUGAGGAAACAGUAGCUGCUGCUGAAGUUGAAACUCCAGCAGUAGUAUUAGCUGAAGUGAAGACUGAGGCAGAAGAAGAAAAAGAUGUUGAAACAACUGAAGCUCCAGCUGCAGCAGAGGCUUCCACAGAAGUUCCAGUGGAGAAAACUGAAGAGUAAACUGAGCUACUCUUUUUAUAAAGAGUGAAAAUGGAUAACGCAAUGGUUGGUAAAUGAUGGGUUGGUCUUUGAUAUUUUCAUUUUCUAAGUUAAGGUUUAUAUAUUUACUACUACUACUACUAUUAUUAGUAUUAUCACUACUACCUAGUUGGCUAUGUUUGUGGGGAUUUAGUUGUCAAGUUUUAUGGUUGUAAGAGAAGAUGAGAGGAGAUAUGAUCUCUGCCUUUGAACAAUAAAGGAUUACUAUAUCUUUUUUAUCC